GGUGGCCGAUAAUAACUUCCGGGGCAACUUCAGAAAACCGGAAGAAGAAGGCGACGACUUGAAAGAUGGCGGCACACACGCAGAAGAAUAACAAAACAGGGAAAACUGGUGGAAAAGAGGCUCAGCCUCUAAUAAUUGCCAAAACACCGGCAGAGGAACAACGUCUUAAAUUAGAGAGGUUGAUGCGGAAUCCCGAGAAGCUUGCUCCCAUUCCGGAUCGGCCGAAAGAAUGGAACCCGCGGGCUCCGCCGGAGUUCGUCCGGGAUGUAAUGGGCUCCAGCGCCGGAGCAGGCAGCGGAGAGUUCCACGUCUACCGGCACCUCCGCCGCAGAGAGUACCAGAGACAGGACUUUCUGGACAAAAUGGCAGACAAGCAGAACAAAGACUUGGAUUAUCUGGACAAAGUGGAGCAGAACAAACAGGCUGCGGAGGACAGGACGGUGAAGCGGAGGAAGAAGCGGGAUAAGCUGAAACAGAAAAAGCUGCUGGCGAAGAAAGCGAAACUAGAAGCUAAAAAGAAGAAAGACGACGAUGGUGAUAAGAGCUCAGACAGCAGCGAGAGCGAGAAAGACGAAAAGGAGGAGGAGGACAGGGAGGCUGAUGAUGAUGCAGAGGCUCCCAGCUUCAUCAUGGGGAAGAAGUGAUUCCUGUAACUCCUGCUAGGUGGCAGAGGAACACUGGCAAUGAAAGGAGUGAGGGAGGUGGAACCACUGACCCCCUUCAGCUAAAAGACACAGAUCAUUUGUUCCAGAGUUCUGUAAACAGCUGAAAUCAGUACUGCUGCUUCGGACUGACUGCCUAGUUUUAAUAGGCAGACAAAGCUGGCAGUGCCUGAUGGAGUAAUCUGUAACGGGGAACUGAUAGUCUUUUGGUUCUUCAUCAUGCCAGUCAGUGGCUUUGCUGUUAAAGUGAAUAUGCUAAAAAAUUCUGUAUUGAAUUGUCCAAAAUUUGUGAAUGCUCUCUGUUUUUAUCUAGUUUUAAUAAAAAUGUGAAAAUACUGAGAUGUGCAGCUGUUUACAUCCAUAUCAUUUAUGUCCCUUUUCAAAAAAUACUUCUAUUAUUCUACUAUUAUUGAAAAUGUGAAGCAGCACAAGUGUUGAUGUAGUAGACAUGAUGCUCCUCAGCGUCUUUGCAGUCCUGUGAAGCUGCCCCUUGCAUACCCUGUUGCCUGCGGGUACAACACAGCUGCAGAAAGCAAAUCAAAGAAUGAAAAGGCGUGACUUCUUGAGGCUCAGGAGCUUCACGUGCGAUGUUCCUUGGACAGACCCCCUGCUUUCCACGGUGGUGAUGGUUGUGCUUCGUAGCCAUCACUGUUCUUGAGGCAGGCAGAAAAAAAUGCGACAGCCAGAUAUUGUUUGAAACAGGGAAAGCUCUUCCUGUCAGACACUGUUAAGCUGUCACAAAACAUAUCUUUGAUAUUUAUUGUUACACUUCCUUGCUCAGUAUUUAGGCAGGAUUGCAUACCACAGAUCGAAUUCAAACAUUGUUCUUGAAAAGAGUGUGGGCUUCUGAGUUAUGGCUUAAAUAAUUAAUCUUAGAAAUGUCUUACAACUGAUUUUGCAGAGAAUGUUCAGUUCUAUUGAUUAAACAGAAUAAAAUAGAAAUAGAAACAU